AUGGAGAAGUCGCUGUCGGCGCGCGAGAAGGCGGUAUCGAUGUUGCACCCGCCCAUCUCGGUCGGCAGCUGUGCCUGGAGCCACGCGAGGUCGCGGAGCGCCUGGGGCGAGGCGUCGGCGCGAGCAAUGCUCUCGAAGGACUUGCGGAUGCGGUUGUGCGCAAACUCGAGAGCCUCGCACGCGACAUUGGGCGGCGUGAUGCCGGCAAUGUACUUGGUCUUUGCGCAGGCGAUCCGGAGCUUUGCCUUCAAGCUCUUCGUCCACGCCGCCAUCGUGGGUUCGGCGUGGUGCGCGCUCGGAGGCGAUGCGACCGCGGCCGUGGUGCAGGCCACCGUCUGGCUGCUCAUCGUCCUCCUCGCCUUUCCGUCGGGGGCGUUUCUCAACUCGGCAAUCACCCUCGCGGCAUGCGCCGCCGGCAAGCUCGCGCAGUCCGACGCCGUGCUCUACAUCGGCGCCCAGUUCGCUGGCUCUGCCGUCGCCGUCGAGGCUAUUCGCGCGCUGGCUCCGCUGGACCUGCACGGCGCCAUCGGCCCUCCGCCGCCCGCCGAAGGCAGCUACUCGUCUGCGAUACUGCACGAAGCGCUGUUCGCUGGCGCCAACUGCCUCCUGGCGCUCAACAGCAGCGCCUUAGGCACGGGCACGCCGCUCAAGGUUGCCACAAUCGUCAUUCUCCUCAUUCGGAUCGGAGGCGCAUGCAUGGACCCAUCCGCCGCCUUUGCGGGCGCCCUGUUUGCCGGGCGCUACACCGACCUCGUCGAGGUGUAUUGCGUUGGCGCGGCUCUGGGCGCCAUCGCCGCAGGAACCUUGUCGAGGUGA